AUGGGGAAGCCUGCAAAUGGACAAAACUUCGCCUGGGAGGUCAAAAAGUCUGAUGUAGCUGCAUUGCAACUGGGAGAUUCAAAAUGGAUGAAUUUCAGGGUGCUUUUCAUAGUGUCUCAUGGAUCUUCAACAUUAACAGAUUUGUUGACUGUGGAGUCUGUGGUCUGCUUGAAGAACUAUAGAUUUCUCUUUCCAGAUAAUCUCUUGGGAAUAUCCUGGGUUGACAGCUCCUGGAUUCCCAUAUUGAACAAUGGGAGCGUGUUGGACUAUUUCUCAGAGCGAAGCAACCCCUUCUACGACCGGACGUGUAACAACGAAGUCGUCAAAAUGCAGCGGAUGACCUUGGACCAUCUGAACCAGAUGGUUGGAGUGGAGUACAUCCUUCUUCAUGCUCAGGAGCCUAUUCUCUUCAUCAUCCGAAAGCAGCAAAGGCAAUCUCCAACACAAGUUAUUCCCUUGGCUGACUACUAUAUUAUUGCUGGAGUGAUUUAUCAGGCACCUGACUUAGGGUCUGUCAUUAACUCCAGAGUUCUCACUGCAGUGCAUGGAAUUCAGUCUGCUUUUGAAGAAGCCAUGUCCUACUGUCGCUAUCACCCAUCCAAGGGCUACUGGUGGCAUUUCAAAGAUCAAGAAGAACGAGAGAAAGCUAAACCAAAAGCCAAGAAGAAAGAAGAACCAAGUUCUAUUUUCCAAAGGCAACGGGUAGAUGCCUUGCUUUUAGACCUAAGACAAAAGUUUCCACCCAAAUUUGUUCAGCAAAAGCCUGGAGAAAAGCCUAUCCCAGUGGAUCAAAUAAAGAAGGAACCAGAACCAGCCCCUGAAGCUGUCAAGCAAGAGGAAAAAGAGACUGUAAAGAAUGCUCAGCAGAGUGCUGGCACUAAAGGACCACCUGAAAAACGGAUGCGGCUCCAGUGAAGGGAGAAGUCGCUACAUGUCUGGAUUUAGUCAGUACCUGGAAGACAGGAGAUUCUUGCUCCCCUUUAUAUUUAAGAUCUGCAUCUGAGACUGACAAUUCAGGGACUGACGUCCCUGUAACAACUUUUUCUGUAGAACCCUGUCACACAAAUGUUAACGUCAGGAUGUGAGCUGCCUCAGAGGUGUUUUCAGUCUUCAUCUUACUUUGAAUGUUGGCUUCUGGGAAUGGUUUUUACAGACAUAUUUGGCAGCCUCCUGAA